CUCGUGAUUAACAUACGAGAGUUGAAAUCCGAGAUCCAGAUUAGACAACCAGAUUGAUUAUAUCUUAGUUUGAAUUCAAGAACAAUUAAUAUCAAUAAAUCCCUAAAAACCCAAUUUAAGUUUUACUUGUCAUACCUGAAUCUAGCUAUUCUCCCAACUGUUAACAACCUCAAAACAAAUCAAUCGAGCAAUAAACUUGCUCACAAAUCCAUUUACUGCUUUAAAACUUAUAAACCAAUUAAUCUAGAUUAAUUUCAAGCCAAUAAUCUAUUGUGUAAUCCUACAGUCUCCGUGGAUUCGAUCCCUAAGUACUACAUCUGAACCUCUUAUUUGAGAGAGUAAUUCACUCCUUAGGGUAAUUUAAGUGAUUUCAAAUUUGGCGCCGUUGCCGGGGAUUCUUUCUUAUUACCAUUAGAUUAAGUUUAGAAUUCAGUCUAGAUUUUGUUACUAAAUUUUCUAAAAGUUUUCCCUCUUUUCCUACUGACACAAGAACUUAAAGAUGGAAGAUAUGGAUUUCGGCCAGAUAUCGAUCGACGAAACGACAACAAUAUCGAGCGACAAGUCGACGGCAAAAUCGAUCGACGUCGCACAUCAUACAUCGAUCGACGACACCCCGCCGGAAGCAGGUAAGUUUUCUCUUACCUAUAAUGCUAAUGAGGGAGUAGUCCUAGAAGAACCUAAAGGUCAACUAAGCAAUGCAAUUAACUCAAUCAUGAAUGAACAGGGGACUGCAAUCCCUGUUAAAAUUAAUUCGAUCUCAAAAAGAGAUCAUGAAAUAAAAUUGCCUCUGCAAGACUACUUAAACCUUGGGAGGACCUAUUCCAAUAGGUCCGCCAUUAAAUUACCAAAAGAUGAUACAAAGAAAUCCGGGGUCAGCCUUCGAAUACUUAGUCUUGGUACUUCAAAACUCUUUCCAUGGAACCGUCUCAGAGAACCCACACGAUCACAUCAAAUACUUAGAAGAUAUGAUGGAUGACGAGUACAAUUGCUGUAAAAUCUUUCCAUUCUCCUUAGAAGGCGACGCCAGAAAAUGGCUAGACCAACUACCUACGGGUUCUCUAACCUGCUGGAAGGAGAUAAGGAAUACCUUCAUUAAUCAAUUCUUCGAUGAGACGCGUUACUGGGAUCUAAGGAAGAAAAUCUUCACAUUCCGUCAAGGUCCACAGAAAUCAUUCAGAAACGUCGAUCGAUGAGAAGAGCUCAACAUCGAUCGAUAUUUGUUGGUAAACGUCGGUCAAUAUUUCUUGGUGACCGUCGACCAUCUCCUGUUUCCAGCAAAGCUCAAAAGAUCUCCAAGUAGCUCCAAAUACAUCAUUUUCUUCCAAUUAGUACUUGAACCUGUAAUUACUCUAAAUAGACUCUAUAUAGUAGUAAAUAUAUCUUUAAAUACUUAUAAACCAUGCCUAAUAAUGGAUAAAAUCAAUGGUCUAUCAUCUUCCAACGUAGAGGUGCGAUUGCUCAGAUUUGGGAAGCAAGGAGCUUCAAAAGCGGUGGCGAGCUGAUGGGCAUGGUUAUACUUCACCUGGAUUCUAAGGUUAUUUUGUUCGUCGCUUUGUAUUUGCAGACCCUUGAACUAAUUUUCCGACAAUCACUCUGCGGCAAAGUUUCUUGCAAUCGGGGGCUUCAAUAAUCUCACCUAAAAAUUUGUAUAUUCCCGACAUGGUUGCUUCUCUCGGGCAGGUGAUGCAUGUUCCUCCUUGCCAUCUCAUUUUAGUAUUUGUGCUCUCUUCCUCACUUUCAUGGGCUUGAACAUUGUGGUCAAUGAAUUUUCAAUUGAUUUGGAUUCAUUUGAGAUAUCAAUACGUUUGUUCACGAUUGGCGUUGUGAUUCCAUUUUUUCACAGGGAUUGGGGAGUAGUUUGAUAUAAUAUCGAUGUGUGACAGUAACAAUGGUUGCGGCUGGUAUCAACAUGGGUGAAGGAGACCCAGAGAUCAGAAUGGGUAUGUUGAUUUGAUUUUGAUCUGUAGAAACCGAUCAUGAAUCACAGUCUCUCUAAAGCGUUGGUUGACUAAUGGAUGGUGUAGAUGGUCUUCUUCGUUGAUCACCUAUCAAUCAUUAUCUGUACCUGAUGUUACGGGAUUGCUACCGUAUUAUCUUUAUAAAAGAGAUUUGAGAAUUUUUUUAAUUGUGUAGAUUACAAAACUGCAUCAGGUGUUAGGAGUUCUCUUGGUCAUCAUUGAAAAAGUCAAUGUAAAAUUAAACAUGGGCAAAUCUCCAAAAUAGCACACUUCUAAGUUUAUAUCACAAAAAUAGCACUCAAAAACUAAAAUGACCAAAAUAGCAUUUUAUCGGGUGGGAAAAUACGAAGGAUGGCGGUUUCGAAGAAAUGGGCAUCGACAAUCUCCGUCGUCGCUUCAUCUCUGUUUGCAUUCAUCAUCGUCUUCCAGAUUCCUCUCUUCCGAGUAGCGUGCAGGAACAAGACCUGCGAAUCACCACUGGAGGUUAUAUCCUCUCAGUUGGUUGGAAGCGAAUUCGUUCCUCCACCACUUGUCAAGACUCUCCUUUAUCCUGGUGCCACUGCCAUGUCCCUUCUCUGUGGCUCUCCACUCCCAAGCUACCACAACUUGUUCCACUUUUACCAUUUCGACCAGCUCAGUAGACCCUCCUCCUCUCUUUCAACCGAUGAUAUCCGCCAUCUAGAGGUUUGCUUUAGACCUUUCUGUCUCCAUCCAACACAAUCUCAUUUAGUUCAUAUACCAACUAAUAUGCUUCUUGUUCUUGCGCAGGUGUUUGCUGGGUGCUGUUUAUGUCUGCUAGGUGCUUUACUCAGCAUCAUCAAACCCAGAAGACUAACCUUCAUUGGCACGCUCUUGAUCUAUUGGGGUCUUCUCAGAGACAUUCUCCUAUUCAACUCCUCUGCUCGUGUCUGUCCGAUAAGAUUAACUUUAUCCCAAGAGAUAUUUUGUAUCAAAUAUAUAUAAAUAUGCAUAUGAUGAUUGUAACAAAGAUUCCAAUGCCGCAAAGUACAAUGUUCAACAGAGAAACCCUAAUGCCGCAAAGCCAUUUUCUGAGUCCGUUAAAUAAAAGAGAAAAAGAGAGGAACGGUCGUGAAGAAAUGUGUUUACCGGAAGAGAGGAAUCUGGAAGACGAUGAUGAAUGCAAACAGAGAUGAAGCGACGACGGAGAUUGUCGAUGCCCAUUUCUUCGAAACCGCCAUCCUUCGUAUUUUCCCAUCUUUUGAUAAAGAGAAAAGCUUUACGUCGACUAUCAAAUUAUCUUUUUCAGGAAUACUUUACUGACUUUAAAGAUUUACUCAAAUGUUUAUAAUGUACCAGAGUCUAGCUUACCAUUAGAUUGUUAAUAUUCCCUUAGGAGAUGGAUCUAUGAGACGUGGUCAGGCCCAUGAGGUUAAUGGGGAGAAAUCAAUUGGCCAGGUUAAUGAUUCUUAUGUUUUACUCUAAUUAUAUGUCUGGUUGAACACGGGUUAAUGUGCCUUCUAAUGUUAAUCCUAAUUUGGUUGCAGGUAGAGGAGUUCCCAAAGGUUAACAUAACGGAAACUACAUGUUUGAUUGUUCUCAAUCAUUCACCAUGGUAGAACAGCUAUGAUUACCCUCAAUGGAAGGUGAAACCAUGAGAAUCAUAUAUGAGCACACAAACAAGAGGUCAGUAAGAACACAAAACUUUAGCUUAAAAUGUUUCCUUUAAAACCAUAGAUUAUGACAACUUUUUGAGCUUCUGUGAAACCAUGUACACAUAUCAAACAUAGCAAACACCGUGGUUAAUGGCAUUUCCAGUCCACUAAAAGAUCAAGCUUCUCAUGUCUAUAUCACCAUUGGUGAUGGAGGAAACAUUGAAGGAUUGGCUACUAAGUAUGCUAUAUAAUAAAUGACUUAUGAUCAUUGCAAACAACCUUUUUGAUUAGAUUUUAGAUGUGUGUUAUGAUUUCCGCAGAAUGACUGAUACCACUCAAAUUACCCUAAUGAGUGAUUUAUACUCUCUCAAAUAAGAGGUCUAGUUGUAGUACUUAGGGAUCGAAUUCACAGGGAGCUAGGGAACCUAAGAAAUCUAAUAUGAUUUGUUAAGCAAGAUAGUUUUAGAGAUUUAAAUGUAAAUUGCAGUUUAAUAUUGAACAAGUGUUUGUUCAAUAUGAUUGGUUGAGGUUUUGGUACUUAAAAAGAAAAUAGUUAGACUUAGGGUUUUUAUUCAGGAAAAUUGAGAUUAUAAUCCUACAGAUGCCUAAUUAGUUGCAUGCAUGAUAAUGUAAAGCUCAACUACUGAUCAACAAGUCAAUCAGUUCUCACAUGUUUCAACUUGUCUAUUAACUAGAUCUAAUGAUCUCAACUCUCGUUAUGUUGAUCAACAGAAAGUGUCGAUCGAUAAUCAUAUAGGGAUAUUGAUCGAUACACCUUCUGCUCCGUCGAUCGAUUAUUCAA